UUCUCGUUACAAGAAUACCAUCUUUCAUCUUUUUGUACAUUCCCUUGUCAAGAUGUAAACUUAAGUGAUUCUCUAUUCAUAUGAUGGCUUGCGAUGAGAUUGCCAUAUGUUUCCGCGAGUAAAUGUAACAGACUGAAGAAUGGCUUCUAGAACAGUAUUUCGUAGAGUUUUGCAGGCCAGCCGGAGAGUCCAGCUUCAAAGAGCUGUAGUGCAGAGGUCUAUUGUAACAUUGCCUCACAUACAGAAGAAGAACACACAGAAUGUGACGUCAGACCAGAGUUACAGUCAGCUCAGAAGUCUUUGCACCAAGCCAGGGGAAGGAAUGGUCAUUCAUAUACAGGAUGAAAAUGACUUUCAAGAGAGAGUCUUAAACAGUCCGCUGCCUGUUGUGGUGGAUUUUCAUGCAAGUUGGUGUGGACCUUGUAAACUGUUAGGACCGAGGUUAGAAUCUUUGGUAGGAAGCAGAAAGGGUAAAGUUGUUCUGGCCAAAUGUGAUGUAGAUGGUCUUGAAGAUAUUGCUAUGAGAUAUAGGAUAAGCUCUGUGCCAACUGUGAUUGGAUUUAAAAACAAAGAAUCAAAAGAGAAAUUUAUAGGUCUUCAAGAUGAUGAUAUUAUUGAAACUUUUCUCGAUAGAUUGAUUGGAUAAAAUGCGUUACCAUGGAGUACAAUGUAUUUGUUGCAUGUAAUAAAUCUUUUACCUUCUUUACUAAUGACUGAAAUUAUUUUGUAAACUAAGCUUUAAUAGUGUUUAUUUAAUGUAUAAUCAUGAAGCAAAAAGUGUUAUCUUCCUGUUCUGUACUAUACUGAUAAUAAAUGUGUACAUGUAUUUCAAAUGGUCUAUAAGUAAUUUCCACGUCUAUCACUUGACAAUUCCAUACCCUGAUAAAAUAUUCAGUAAUCUUGUUUGCAUGGGAAAAAGACAGCAUUAGCUUUCAUACUGACAUUUUUAGCUUCAGUAAAAAUUGCACAUUGAAAGAAAUAAAAGGCCAUAUAUAUUGGGCUCUGUCGUGCAAGUAAAUAACCUGCAUGCUGACAAAAUAAUGCAUGGAAAGGACAGAUAAUAAAUCAGCUGUCAUUUUGAAAUAAAGAAGUUUCUUACUGUUUUCAAGAUCUGUAGGAAGACCUUUUUAAUGAAGGGCAACUGCAAGAAAGUAGGCCUAUUUAAAGAAGUAAUAUAUUGCAGAAGCUUGUUUGAAUUAAUUACAAAGGGUUUUUACAGCUCUGCAUUUCUUUUUCAUUGGAGUAAAUAACCAACUUGGUGUUUAACUUAGUUACUUCUGCUAUGUAUUAUUCCAAUAUUUUAAAAAAGAUAAAAUGUAGUAGAACUAUUUCUACUAGGAUUAGGUUUACGUGUGUCAUCUGGUAUUAAUAAUUGAAAACUAGAUUUGUCACAUUAGAAUGUAAAAUAACAACAGAGAGGUUUUGAAAGGUUUUCCAUCAUAUCUCGAAACUUAACUGCAUAAAUUUAACUUUUUGGUCGUAUAUUUUUCAAAAUUUACCAUACUGGUACUGAUGAUAAACUCGAACAGAUGAUAUAGUUCAGAUUAUUGCAGUUGGUUUUUUAUAUAAUUGAACAUGCUGUCUAAUAGCAACCACUUACAAUACGAACUGGUGUAAACAAAAGCAAAAUUGGUAAAUAUUCUGUAUAAAUAAAUGACUUACAUUUGUCUGUUUAAAAAAUAUUUACCCAAAAAUACUGGGGAAGAGGAUGAUUUUUGCACAUGCUCACUGUCAGUACAUGAAAGCCUGACAUUGGGUCACUUUUCAUUACUUGAUCGGGAAUGACUGUUGUAUUAUUUUUGGGAAAGUUUCAAUAUAAUACUAUGGAGAAUUUUUUUAAAUGACAAAGUGGUCGAAUUUAUCAUCUGUCAACGUUCGUACAGUCCCCAUUUUACAUACCCCUUUCAGAGCCUCACUUCUUGUGAGUUUGCUUGCUAAAUAUAAAUUUAAAUUAGGCCAAUUAUUCAGUAAGAGCUAAGCUUUAUUUUGAUACCAACCAUUGAUAACAAUUUGCAGAAAUAAAAAAGUUACAAGUAAAAUAUCUCAUUUUCUGUCCGUGUUUAUCAUCAGUACCAGUAUCUUUUGUUCCUAAUAAUUCUGUAUAUCCAUUUCUAGGGGCAUUGUAUUUUGGUUUGAAAUAAAACUCUGGUUGUUGAA